AUGGCUGAUUUUCUAUUGUGUGCUCCUUCUUACCAAGUUCCUGAUCACUCUGAAGAAUUUGUUUGUCUGACAUAUCCUAUCUGGCCUUUAUCAUCCACUGUUGCAUUAAUUCCAAUAAUCGGUGGCCGAUUCGAAUUGUAUGCUGGAUUUAGUGCAAACUGUUUAGAUUACACAGUACCCACUACUAUGGAUGAAAACCACGAUUCGCCUACAGUAAAGAGUGAACUGCUCGCGGGAGAGGAUGUGUCCUUCAACACGCAUGCACUUCUGACGUACGAUUAUGAGCGCGAGAUUCAAAUUCUGGAGCGAGAUAUCCGUCAGCAAAAGGAAUCGAGUGUAAAUGCUAAAACAGCAAUUACUUUCGAACAACUGAGGAAAAUUCACAAUCUAGGAAAACUGCUUGGUCCGCAAAAGGAGAUAUUUUUUGAUAGGAUAUGCCGAGCUGCAGACAUACAAAGAGCCUCCUUGAAGAACAGGCUUAAACAAAACAAAGAGGUUGUUAACAAUGGCUUUCACGACAUAACUGCGGCUUGA